AUGGAGGUGCUCACAGCCAAUGAUCUUUGCUCUGCACACCGCCUGCCCAGCACCGCCCCACCAGGUUUGGGAACAAAAGUCACUGACCAGGAUAAGCGUACAACCCUAGUAAAGAAGGAAAUGAUACAGGCACAACGGUUCAACAUACUGUGGCAGUCAGUUUACAUGUUUUUCUGGGGAAUAGUGAUCUCAGUGAACCAGCCACUGCUUAGCAGAGUCUUGGUUAAGAAAAUUGCCUCCAAGGAUGAGACCAGCAUGCAUAGCAGGCAUGCCCGCCGGCCGCUUGCCGCUGCGGCUGCGCUUCCCCAUUCCCCCGUCACCGCUGCCACCACGCCAGGAGGACUGCUUCUCGGGGACGUGGCCCCCAACUUCGAGGCCAACACCACCGUCGACCGCAUCCGUUUCCACGACUUCCUGGGAGACUCAUGGGGCAUUCUCUUCUCUCAUCCACGAGACUUUACCCCAGUGUGUACCACAGAGCUUGGCAGAGCAGCAAAACUGGCACCAGAAUUUGCCAAGAGGAAUGUUAAGUUGAUUGCCCUUUCAAUAGACAGUGUUGAGGACCAUCUUGCCUGGAGCAAGGAUAUCAAUGCUUACAAUGAUGACGAACCCACAGAAAAGUUGCCUUUCCCCGUCAAUGAUGAUAAGAACCGAGACCUUGCCCUCCAGCUGGGCAUGCUGGACCCUGCAGAGAAGGACGAAAAGGGCAUGCCCCUGACAGCUCGUGUGGUGUUCGUUUUUGGCCCCGAUAAGAAACUAAAGCUGACUAUCCUCUACCCAGCUACCACUGGCAGGAACUUUGACGAGCUCCUCAGAGUGAUUAUCUCUCUGCAGCUGACAGCGGAAAAACGGGUUGCCACCCCAGCUGAUUGGAAGAAUGGAGACAGUGUGAUGGCCCUUCCCACCAUCCCUGAAGAGGAAGCCAAGCAAAUCUUCCCUAAAGGAGUCUUCACUAAAGAGUUCCCAUCUGGCAAGAAGUACCUCCGCUACACUCCCCAGCCUUAAGUCUUUCCAGAAGUUGGGGCUGCAG